AUGAAGUUCUUGACCUUUCUUUUCUUUGCGGACGUUGUCCAAAUCUCCACUUGGGACAAAGCCUUGCAAGCGGUUCUGAGACUCGAUACUCCCCAAACCUUGCGCAUCCGCCGCGACCGCUUCUCAGCAAGCAGAAGACAUCGCAACCUUUGUUUCCGUGGAUUCCUCGCCAGAUACUGGGCGCACUACGUCGUUGACUAUGGAAGAGACGUGCAAGACGAAGGCAGGCUGGCUGAAGCACGAAGCCUUCGUGAUGACAGCAGCAACAAGGGCUUAAGGGAAGAAGAAGCGCUCGACUGUUUGGCAAGACUCAAGGACAUUACACAUGGGAUUAUGGACAUAAGGUCAAUUAGUGGUACAUUGAGGUUUUGUCAAAAGGAACAUCUCGGCACGGUUGACUGGAAGAAUGGCUCUGUUCGAGUCGGUCGGCAAAGGGAGCCCGGUCAAAGGAGAUUUCGGAAAGGGGGCCAACAAAGAAAAGACACAUUUGUAGAAAACGUGAAACUGAGGGAGUUCUUUGCAUCUUGA